AUGUUCUUUCACCAUAUGAAUGGCGGUGCACGGUCGCGUGAUGGACCCGUUGAUACUUAUUUAUAUGACGUGCUCAAUGUGAGGCCGAACGCCAGUGAGUCGGAAAUCAAAAAGGCAUAUCAUCAUUUGGCAAAGGAAUAUCAUCCGGAUAAAAAUCCGGCACAUGGUGAUCGUUUCAAAGAGAUCUCAUUUGCAUACGAAGUGUUGAGUAAUAAGGACAGAAGGGAUACGUACGACAUGUACGGAAUGGAUGGACUCAAAGAAGGCGGUGGUGGAGGUGGUUUUUCGGGCGCAGAGGAUUUAUUUUCGUCGCUGUUCGAGGGCGGGGGUGGAUCAUUUGCAUCAUUCUUCGGAGGUGGCGGUAGAAGAAGGCAAACCAAGGGCGCGGAUAUGAACUAUCCAUUAACGGUCACGCUUGAAGAUUUGUACAAUGGCAAAACUUCCAAAUUACAACUCUCAAAAAAGCCAGGAAUGGAGCCAGGCGAUGUGAUAAUCUUCGUGAAUUGUAAAGAGCAUGAGUUAUUAGAGAGUAUCAUAAUGGGUCGUCCACGGGCAAUACCAAUCCCACAGGGUGAUGAUUGCGAAGAGGUUUCAUUAAUGCCUUAUGACGAAGGGAAAUUCCAAAAUACCGGACGCAGAGAGGCGUACGAUGACGAUGAUGAUGAGGAGGAUGCGCGAGGAGGAGGUGGCAACGUUCAAUGCCAUCAGUCAUAG